GAACGUGAACUGCCAAGAAGAAGAGAAGAAAAAGCAGAAGUGGCGAGAACGUCGAAACAAGCACAGAUUGGCUUUUUAUGACACAGAGUUGCAGCCGAAAAAAAUAAACCAUCGUGUCCAAGAGCUGUGAAAGGCGAUCGACUCUCGGUGACCGACAAUGGCUGUGAACGUGUACUCCACCUCAGUGACCAGCGACAACCUAAGUCGUCAUGACAUGCUGGUCUGGAUCAAUGAAUCUCUACAGAUGAACCUCACCAAGAUUGAAAUGUUGUGUUCAGGUGCUGUCUACUGCCAAUUCAUGGACAUGCUGUUCCCCAACUCUGUGCCUCUGAAGAAAGUCAAAUUUGGUGCCAAGCUGGAGCAUGAAUACAUCCACAACUUCAAGCUUCUGCAGGUUUCUUUCAAAAAGAUGGGAGUUGACAAAAUCAUUCCAGUGGACAAACUGGUGAAGGGGAAGUUCCAGGACAACUUUGAGUUUGUUCAGUGGUUUAAGAAGUUCUUUGAUGCCAACUAUGAUGGAAAGGAGUACGAUCCAGUGGAGGCGAGGCAGGGCCAGGACGCCAUGCCCACACCUAACGCUGCAACGUCAGCUCUCAACAAACCCCCUAAAAAGGCCAUCAGUCAAGCUCCUCAGAGGCCACCUGUUGCCAAGGUAGCGCCAAAGUUGGCUCCCGUCAGCGCAAGGAAGCCGGGGAUGGGAGGAGGUGAUGAGGAGAGGGCGGAGCUCCUGAAUGAGCUGGAGAUCCUGAAGUCUACCAUUCAGGACAUGGAGAAGGAGAGAGACUUUUAUUUUGGUAAGCUGCGGAACAUUGAGCUGAUUUGUCAGGAGAAGGAAGGAGAGGGCGACCCCACACUGCAGAGGAUCGUAGACAUCCUCUAUGCCACAGACGUGAGUGUCUCAUCUGUUGAGGGUUUUGUGAUACCGGAUGCUGAGGAGCAGGAGGAGUUUUAAUAUUCAAGACUGCAAGCAACUUUUCACUUAGAUGCCCUGGUCUACAAACGAGAUCCUUCCCCAAGCCAAGGCAGCCAGUUUGGUUUUAUAUCCAACACCAAACCUGAUCUCGACUUGUGCCCCCUACGCCCACCCCCCCCCACACCACCACCUUUCCUGAACCCGAAUCCCGACCUGCUGGACUUCUUCCUCUAGCCUUCAGCCGCCGUAACCGUACAGAUCCACUCCUCCUCUUCCCGAAACAUCCUCUACGAAUAAUCGACAAAGCCUCGGUCACUGCCUCUUCUCUUUACACACCCGUCAGUCUGCAAAAACCCCAGUCCCCACCCUCACCUGUAAUCCCAAGCCUUCCCAAAACCAGAUCGUGCAGUGUAAAUCUGGUUUUUGUAAUGGACUUCAGUGUGAAAAACACGGUGAUGUUCUGUAUGUGUAUAUGUGUGUGUGUGUGUGUGUGUGUGUGUGUGUGUGUGUAUGUGUGUGUGUGGUUGUAUGUGUUUAAAAAAAGAAAAGAAAAAAAAAAUCAAUUUGAAACAAAUCAAAACGUGACGAACCUCCUCUGAAGACCCGGCUGUCAGUUCACCAAUAACUUUGUCCCAAACUAACCCUGACGGUUUGUUUUUUUUGUUUGACGGCGCUGCAGCUGUUUGGUGCCUCUGCUGUUGACACCAAUUUUGAUUUGCUGGAAAGAAAAGCAGGAAAAAACACACACAUUCCCGACUAGAAGACUUAGUUUUGCAGCAUUUUGAACCAAAUCUGAGGUGUAGUUUAUAUAUUUUUUUUUUUUUUGCUGACUGGUCCCAAUUUGAAAUGGCAAAAAUUGAAUUUGACCCAGGCAGCAGGCUUUCAGAAACACAGCUAACUUCAGAUGUAGAGGAUUAGUUUGUUAGCUAGUUAGCGCCCGGUAGACCACACGCACUGACGCUGAAGGGCUCAGGCUUUAGUCUGGGACAAGGCAGCAGCCGGGUCUUCUCUUGGCCUUUUUUUUUUUUUUUUUUUUUUUCUUCACACAAAUUGUCGCCACCAAGGACACCAUUUUGAUUUUGUCCUGUUCAGCCUUUUGUAAAUUAAUGCUACUGUUUUAUCACAUUUUUCUUCCCACUCCAUUUUUUUCUUCUUCGUUUGUCUGGUUUUCCCUGUCACCUUUUUUUUUAAUAUAUAUGUAUGUGUUUUCUCACGCUCACUAAAUGAUCACUCUGUUGGAAAGAUUUUACUUGUGUGCAGAAACGUUUUUCCGGCCACCACAACAGAGGAAAAAAAGGGGUUUCGUUUAAUGAAAACGUGGCUGCUGUUUUCCUGUAGCAGAUCAGCUGUCUUUUUGCCACCCACUCGCUCCCACUCACCCUUGGUGUUCACAUUUCGCGCUUCGUAAACGUGCAAUUAUUUAAUACCAGGAAAGUGGCUUACUCCUCCGCUCGAUGUGAGAUGAUGACGUUUAAAGCUUUUGCAGACGGCCGUCUUUUGAUCAACAUGCCAGUGUUUAGUAAAAAAAAAAAAAAAAAAAGACUGCACGAUCAACAGUGAUUGUUUUGUACGUUUUUCUUUUUGUUGUUGUUGUUUGUUUUUAUUUUGGUUUUUUUUGUUUCUUUUCUUUUUGAAAGUCUGUUUUAGGGCAGAUGCACUGUUUUAUACCAGUGGCCUUUAAUCAGCCCCCAGCCAACAUUACAAACACUGUGAGCUCUGACUGUGGCUGAUCGGUGUGUUCACCACAUGUAGCCUGCCACAGUCGAGACCAUCAUCCAGAAUCUGCCCGGCUGAGCUGUAUGUGCUUCUCCCGGCCGUGUCAUCAGGCAGAUUGAUGAAACUUUGAUGUGGGAUCAAUAUGAAACUAAAAACUAACACUUGCAACACUAGUAACUAGCAACUAGCAACAGUGACAAGUGUUUUUACCCUUGUUUUUGUAUUUCCACGCCCUGAUUGACCAAUUUUAAUACUAAUAUUGUUAUUGAUCUAAUUUGAGACCAGUUUUUUCCACUGUACUAUGUAAGAUGUGUAGUGUUGAUUUCACACAAACCCUGUUAACAGUAUCUUGUUGGAAUACAUAACUUUAUCAAUGGCCUUAUUCAUAAAUAUACUUUUUUUUCUUUUUUUCAUAAGCAGAUAUUUUUUAUUUUACGUUAAUGUAAGUCUCUGCUGUUUUGGGUAAAUGUUUGUACUGUUACAGUCAUAUUUUUAAUGUGUCCUGGAAAUAAACAAUGUUGGAGGUGUUUUGGACAAAAUCUCAGAUGUGUCAGGGUGCAGCAGACCAGCCUGUCUUCCAUCAGAUGCUCAUAAAGCAAACAAACAUAAGAAAUAUGUUCACGAUGUGUGAUGCUAGUGGAAUUUAAUUUGAAGGAUUUCUGGUGAGUUAUUUGUUUUUGUUUCUUGCCACCUGUUUGUUUCCACAGUGAUAUAAAUGUAGACUUUCAUCACAGCUGCAGACGUACAAAAUGAUUUUCUGUAGAAUUAAAUUAAAGAUCAAUUGGCUUUGGG